AUGAUCACAGCGUGGGGCACGAUUUUGCUGGCGCGGCAUAUAAUAGCUCCCUACAUUCAUCAUCCGUUAGAAGUUAAUAGGAAUAGCGAUGUUACUUGGAGAGAAUCCGUAAGGUGGGUCACGGUGCCCACCACUAUUACCACUUACGGAAAAGAAAAAGGUGUGAACGCGUCCAGACGCGACGGUCGAAUUCCCGCGAAUCUGAGCAUUCUCUUCCUUGAGUACUCUGAUAUCGUCAAAUUUGGCUUUGCUUGGCUUGGCGCAAAAAAAAAAAUGGAUUCGGACCCGGACUGGUGCUGGGAUGCGAUGGCAGAGGAUAUCAUGUUGGGAUGGUCACAGAAGCGCGAUAUAAUAAAAUGGGUGUAUGACAAGCUCCCCAGAUAUAGACAGCAAAACAUGACAAGCCAGAAGUUCUGGAAGGACUGCUCUGACUACAUAUGUGAACACCUCGAUUGGUACAUCGAGAGACCGGAUCAUUUGGUCGCCCUGUGGGAAAGAAUACGACUGCGUAUCAAGUGGCCUCUGCACGGGUGUGACACUCCAGGUUUAAGCCAAUGGGCAGAUUACAUGGAGUGGUGGAUCUAUCUGCCCGAGGAUCAGAAGCGCCUUCGAGACGAGCCUGUGCCAAAGGUCUCUGCGCUGGAUAGAUUGCUUUCUUCAAUGACACAGCGGGCCUGGGACAGAGCUGAGAAGAACAAUGCGGCGUGCAAGAGGAAACGCCCGGAUGAGGAUGACACCACAUCGAAGCUGCUUCCGAGCAAGAAACAGCGGACGGAAGAAAAGGACGACAAGGAGGACAGCGGACCAAAGGAAACGGUGGUGCAGAAGCUUGACAAACUGAACAGCGGCCUUGCAGAAGCGACGGAGAUCUUCAAGGCGCAGAUGACGACGCUGACAACUUCUGCCACCGAACCCGUGCGUGCAAUGUGCGAGUCGAUGGCUCAGCUUGUAUCGAGACAGGAACUCCUCCAGUCAUCGUUAAAGGAAAUGGACUCGUAUAUCGCUCGACUUACAGAAGAACAAGCCAGUCUACACGCCACCAUUACCCAUGUUGGGGUCCAGAUGCGUGAGAUAGGAUCCCAAAUGAGCAGGACCAUGGAGAUGCUGAAAGAAGUCAAGGCGAAGGAGCUGAAUUCGUAA